UUUCAUCCGAACCAAAGGCUCGGAUUCCAAACCUGGGAAGAUAAACUUUCCCGCUCAUUCACACUCCAGCUAGUUGCUUAAUCCAGUGGAGAAUAGGGGCAAAAUAAAGGCACCAUAAAAACAGACAAGUUUCUCUCAUUUUCUUAGUCUUCGAAUGCUUUUAAUAGAUGCAGAUGGCGAGAUCUUGGAUUAUUGAUGGUAGAGGACUUGCGAGUAAAGUUAAAAAUGUUGGUGCCCCUGCUGCACAUCAAAUAAAAGAUUGUGGGGCAAAACGGCAAUGCCCAAACUGCCAUUACUGUAUCGAUAACAAAGAUGUUUCUCAGGAAUGGCCUGGUCUACCUGUUGGUGUGAAAUUUGAUCCAUCUGAUGUAGAGCUCGUGGAACAUUUAGAAGCAAAGUGCGGGAUGGGAAAUUCCGAGCAACACAAAUUCAUUGAUGAAUUCAUCCCAACUCUUGACGUUAACGAAGGGAUUUGCUAUACCCAUCCUGAAAAUCUUCCUGGUGCCAAAAAAGAUGGAAGUAGCAUUCACUUCUUUUAUCGCACUACUAAUGCGUAUGCAAGUGGCAAACGUAAGCGUAGAAAGAUUCAUGAUGAAAACAAUUUGAUGAAAGAACAUGUCCGCUGGCACAAGACGGGAAAGACCAAAGUUGUUAUGGAGAAUGGGCUCCAAAAGGGAUGUAAGAAGGUCAUGGUUCUCUAUCAAACUAGUACGAAGGGGUCGAAGCAGGAAAAGACUAAUUGGGUAAUGCAUCAGUACCAUUUGGGCACUGAUGAAGAUGAAAAAGAAGGCGAAUUUGUGGUUUCAAAAAUCUUUUACCAGCAGCAGAAGCAAUCCGUCAAGGCCAAUGAUUCUCGUGCCAAUGAAGAAGCCAGUGUGGGAGCGAAUCAAACUGAACCUACAACUCCAAAGACGGUUACUCCCAAUCCCCCUCGAGCUGGAGAAACCCCUUCCUGUGAUGAUAUUGUGGAUGACUCUUUACCCUUUUCACCUGAUCAGGAAGUGGAAGUUGCCAAAGAACCAGGGGAACCAUCUGAUGCUAAAAUUAAGUGCGAAAUGGAGUACCCUACAUGCUUGGCUGGAGAAUCACAAGCAGCUGAUGCAUAUGAUGUUGAUAUUUCUCUGUUGUGUGAUGAACGUAAUGAUUCUUAUUCACUUCUUGAUGGUUCUGGACCCAAUCAUGGCCCUUCUGCAGACGACACUUGCCAUUUACCACAAGGAAAUGGUAACACAGCCUGCGAAAUUUCAGAGUUGGAUAACUUGGAAUUUGAUACUCCUCCAGACUUCCAACUUGCAGAUUUGCCGUUUGGUUCUCAGGAGAAUAUCUUUAGUUGGUUGGACCGGCUAUAGAGAUGGUAAAUACUUUGUUUCUAAUGACAAUGAGAUAAUGCUUUGUGCAUUCUGAGAUGGAGAAUAUAUUUCAACAAGUUUGUGCUCUUCGAUUUCAGUUUCUUGUGGUUUCAGCAUUUGCUUUAUCAAAAAAAUGCUAAUUUUCCCACCAGUAAUCUGGAGAAAAGGAAAAAAACACAAAUAUUGGUUGUUAUAUCCUGCAAACGCUGGAAGAUAGACGAGUUGAAGGAGUUGUUGCAAGAACCUACUACUACAAUCUACCAAGGAUCAGUAUUUGGGAGUUGGAACUGUUAAAACUCAGCAUACUGACGUGGCUCAAAUUUUGAUUUAAUGUUGUGACCUCUCUUGUUAUAAGACUUUCAUAUCCUUUGUGUACUGUUCAGCAUGUUCUGACCCCCAAAUACUUUGGAAAGUUUCUAGUUUGUACUAAUUUAUUUUUACUUUAAAAGCGUG